AUGGAAUCGAGAUACACAAUCGGCCUGGACGGAACUUCUUCAAAUGUCCGCCGAACCGAUUUGGGAAAAUUCGGCGUAGCACGAGACAAAGUGCACCGUGCUCAUCGUCGCCUCACAAACUUUCUAUUGAAUUUUAGCAUGCUUUGUUCGACCUCCGUCAGCCUAAAGCCUAUCCGGGAGGAUAAUUUCUAUCACCAGAGAAAAUCUUAUAGACCCUGCGUCUGGACAGAACGGGGUGCUGUUUGCUUGCCACUUGACGCUCAAGACCAUUCACUUUUGCCACUCGCUCAAUUCCUUCAUCAUAUUGACUCGAUCAAAAUGAGCGGUAACAACGGAAGGAAACUGGAGGGAUCAAAUCGCGGUGGAGAGGAGACUCAUAUAAUACCAGCCUUCAGGUUCACGCGGAACUCCAUUCAACAACGAUCCAAGAGUUUCACAACCCUCUUCAGGACCACGACCGAUCCCGAUAC